UAGGCGACAGAGAACGCCUCUAGCAUAGAAAUGAGGCAUGCAGAGAAACUCUGCGUCACGGCGGUGUUCACUCAGGAUCAUAACGGAUCUACUUUCGUCGUUUCAUUGCGGAUGGAUUAGUCGGUGUGACGGUUGCGGAGGGGAGCAUGUUGACACCGUUAUCCCGCCGUUAAAGCCCCGUGGGGGGGGUGACUCAAAAACAUGGCGUUGGAGUGUUCUCAGGACGCCGUUUUGGACUUUCUGAAAGAGAGAGGCGGAAAAGUGAAGAACUCGGAGCUAAUCGAGCACUAGUCCGUUUUCCCGGAGGAUCCACAGAAGAAGGCUGCAGUGCGGAACCGGUUUAAAAUGUACGUGGACACCGUGGCUUACGUGAAAACGGAGGACGGAGUUAAGUGUGUGUGUCUGAAGAAGAAGUUCCGAGGGUCCCUGAAGGCAGCAGAGAGACAGCCCGCAGCCUCGCAGGUGAGCGGCGAUGACGCAGCGGAGGAGCCGGCCCCUCACGCACCUGGAUCAGGUUUCGGAAGUGACAGCCAGGUGAGACUUCCGCGUGUUUCCUCACCUGAAAGCAGUCUACCUGACACAGCAGGGGACAGCGGGGAGAGUGAGGGGUCUGACUGUGUGUUUCAGGAAGUGAACAGCAGCUCAGGUGAGAUGGGGAACAGAGGAAGUCUUCACAGGAAGGAGUCCUCGAGGGAGCGGGCUGAAAAAGCACAAGAAAUACCGGAAAUAUCAGUGAUCCAGGCAUCACCUCUACCUGCCGAGGGAUCUGUGUUCAACCUGCCAGCACCUGCAGAGACCACUCCCACAGCACAGGUAGACGCGGCAGGGCAGGUGGAGGCGGAGGUGGUGACCAGGCGAAGCAGACAGGUGGAGGUGGAGGAUGAUGAUGAUGAUGAUGAUGCAUGCAGUCUGUCAGACAGCGAGGGGAGCGGCUCCCCUAAAGGCAGCAGGAAGCAUUUCAUCCAGGUGAUGAUGAGCUCCUCCCCCCAGGUGAGACGCAGCAUGGUGUUCCGCGGCUCCGUCCACCUUUCCUGCAGGAGCGACAGUGACUCCGCCUCCUUGACCUCAGGUCCGGACGACGACCGGACGUCCUUGACGCUGGACCCGCUGGAGCACGAGUGGAUGAUGUGCGCCUCUGACUGCGAGUGGAGCCGCUUAUUCCCGCUCCUCGCCACCGAGCCGAGCCUCGUCCUCAGGAAGGACUUCAUCACCGGGUUCACCUGCCUGCACUGGGCGGCGAAACACGGGAAACCCGAGCUCAUCGCGAUGAAUAACUUCGCCAAGCAGCACAGUGUUCCCAUCAGCGUGGACGCUCGCUCCAACACGGGGUACACGCCACUGCAUGUGGCCGCCAUGCACAAUCACAUGGAGGUGGUGAAGCUUCUGGUGGGGGCGUACGGCGCCGACGUGGAGAUCAGGGACUACAGCGGGAGAAAGGCCUGCCAGUACCUCACCAACAGCGUCAGCAUGGACAUCCGUGACAUCAUCGGAGCGUACGACUCGCGCUCCAACUCAGAGGACCAGACGCACAGCGAGGGGGCACGAUGGCGGUUCUCCAAGGUCCUCCAGACCAACCUGAAGCCACUCAGGCGGCUUCAGCUGGAGGACGCCGACUGCGUGGACGGCGAGGAUCGACCGCCCCGACAGAAACCGCUCAGGAGGAAGUCGUCGCUCAGCAAGAUGAGGCCCAGGCUGCAGAGACUCCGCGAUAGGACGUCGCAGAUCCUCCACAGCACGUCCUUCAGGGACAGCGACGAGCUGGAGACAUCCACCAGGGCGUCCUUCAGGUCGAGACCGAAGACGCAUUUCUUUGGGUGAGACCAGGACUGACACGGGACAGGAGGCGGGGACAGUUAGAGGGUUAAGAUGGAUCAAAGUGUGUCUACUGAAAGUUGUUGUAACAGCUGUGACAUCACUCUCUACAAACACAGAUUUUACCUCACAGAACCGGGAGUUGAUGUUCUACCGCAGCUCAUUUUCUGUGCUACAAAGAUUGUGUGUGUGUGUGUGUGUGUGAGAGUGUGUGUGAACAAAACAAACAUAUUUGGAAUCCAAAGUCGUCUUUCAAGGUAGAGCAACAACUCCCUGCGACCUGUGAGGUUAAAUCUCUGACCUGUGUGUUUUUUUAAAGCGGGGGCGAUCUCUGUGACGUCAGACAUUUUUACAGGAGGAAUAAUAACAUUUUGAUUCCUUGUGAAACGGGACGGGAUGUUUGUGCAGCCGAAUGAAGAAGAUAUCUGAAGCCUCAAGAAAGUUGUCGUCUUUAUCCAGCAGAUUAUUAUUAUGAUGGUUAUGGGGGUGUUUAAAUGUUUCUAUAAGAUGUUCAUACAUAUCCUGACUAAUACACAGAACAGAAACGUGUUCAGCACUUCACUAUGCUCACAGAUGGGUCUGGGCGAUAUGGACCAAAACUCAUAUCUUGAUAUUGUUUAGCUGAAUGGGGAUACUCGAUAUAUAUGAUAUGUAUUUUAUUAACAGUGAAAACACAUG